CCUUGUUAGCUUUGUAGCGAGGGCAAUUCGGAUGGUGAGCUACUUCUCAUUCCUGAUCAUAAUAAACGCAUUUUGAAAUGAGACCUGACAGUCUUUGUGGCAAAAUAUCGGCGAAGAUCAAUAAGCUAUUUUGUGAAACUACAGACUUGGAUGAACAGUUAAGAACUGGUCACGAAAUCUGUGAUUGUUUAGAGAAUGCGGCCGCGGAGAGAGAAAUUCAGGAUCUAACAUUCGUAAUUCACGAUAAGAUACAAUAUUAUCUGAUGUCAACAAUGCCAGAUAACUUACAAGAGUCUGACACUCAACAGCUUCGUCGUUUAUGUCUUGAAAUCAUCCAGAAAAUCCCAAAUGGUGAUCAUUUAAGACCUUUUGCUCGAUCUCUUCUUGAAAUGUUGUUUAAAUUAGUGGAAGUUGAAAAUGAAGAUAACGUUCUUGUUUGUGUGAAGCUGAUUAUAGACAUCCAUAAAUUUUAUCGACCAUCGUUCUCAAAUGAUGUCUCACGGUUUUUGGACUUUGUGAAGGAGGUGUACAGUGACCUAAGGUUUCGAGCCAACAAGAUUUUUGAGCCAAGGUUAAAGUUGGAAGUUCCUGCCAUUUCCGAUGUUGAUCUUGAAGCAGAAGUUCUAAAUGCAUACACAGUUACAAGUGUUUACACACAGGAGCUUAAAACUGAUGGUACUUUCAUGGUUUACCACAUUCUCCCUAAAUCUGGGUUUUCUUUAAAAGUCAUGCAAGAGAUUCCUAUUUUAGUGGUCCUAAUGUACCAGCUAUUCAAGCAACAUAUACACCAAGAUGUUUCUGAUUUCAUUCCAUUAAUAAUGGAUUUCAUCAACCUCAAACCAACAGAAGAACAAAAGAAAAAUGCUAACUUUUGUCAAGAAGUGUUCAUUGAUUUUAUGGCUGCUCAGGUGAAAACUUUAUCGUUCCUCGCCUACGUAAUUAAAAUAUACCAAGAUUUGGUUGAGCUACACUCGGUCAGCCUUGUUCAAGGCAUGAUGAAUUUGUUGGUCAAUUGUCCUCCUUCAGUAACGAAUAUGCGUAAGGAGUUUUUUAUUGCUGCUCGUCAUAUUCUCAGUGCACAGGAAAUUCGUCCUAAAUUUCUUCAAGUUUUGGAUGAACUUAUGAAUGAAGAAAUUUUAAUUGGACAAGGAUAUACCAUUCGUGAUGCAUUGAGGCCAUUGGCUUACAGCACAUUAGCUGAUCUCACUCAUCAUAUUCGUAGUUCUCUUAGCCUUUCUAAAAUCGCUCGUGCCAUUGAUGUUUAUGGUCGCAAUAUGCAUGACCAUACACUCCCGUUUUCAAUCCAGCAGAUGAGCUUACGUUUGAUACUAAAUCUGGUUGAGUGUAUAAGACAACGAGCAGUUUCAGCCACAUCCGCUAAUCAAGGGGCAUCAGCCACAAAUGCUGAGGACCAGAAUAAUGAGGUUUUUUCCGGAACUGCGAGACGUCUGCUUUUGCAGACAUUAAAUUUGUGUGUGUUAAAAGCUAAGGUGGUGGCAGAUCACUACAUACCUGCAUUAGAGUCUACAUGUGUAUUGGAAACUGGUGAAGAAGUAACGUCCAAUUCAGCGAAACAGCGUCCAAGGUCCAUACAUGCUUAUCUUUUUGCCAAUAUUUCCUCUUUUUCGAGUGAAUUAAACGAAGUUGGCUCAUUUACUGAUAAAAGUGUCCCUGCUUCAGAUUUUUCAAACAUUCUAAAUUCGGGAACUGAUGCAUCAAAAGUGCAUGAACCCCGGAUCGUUGAACCGUUGGCUAAAUUACAACUUAGCUACACGGAUGUCCGGACUCUUGUAAAAGCACUUAUCACUGGCAUUCGUACUGUAAUGACGAGCAUGAUCCAAUGUCCACAUGAUAAUACACUUCAGACAAAUAAUGUCGCAUCAGUUUCUUCAACAUCAUCAAAGCAAUCGCUUUCCAAUAGAAUUCUUAGCCCAGAUGAGUUAGUAGUCUUAACAGAAUAUUUCUCGUAUGGAAUGCGUAUGAUCGACAUUGUACAGUUUGUUAGCCGAGAUGGUCGACUAUAUUUAAGAAGCCAGCCAAGUACCAAAUCUCCUGAUGAACGCCUACUUAUUGAGACAUUUGCCCUAACAUUUGCUCAAUUGAAUCCAAUUUCAUUUCAUGAAAUUUUUUCUUGUAAAAUUCACGAUUAUGUUGUUUGGUGCAAUCGCAGCGCAUCCUACACUAAUAUUGCGUUACAUUUACUAUCUCAACCAAAUAAAACAUCAUAUUUUGGUUAUAUUUUGUUAUCCUAUCUAGUUGAUAGAUUAGAACGUUUGGGAGAUGGCACCAAUGAAUCUGCACUUUAUAUGCGAUUAUUAAAGUUAUGUUUCAGUUCUGUAAAUAUGUCUGGCACAGAAAAUGAAUUAGUUAUGAAGCUUCAUUUACGCCGUAUCGUUCAAGGCAGCAUGCAUUACUGCCUUACAGCUAAAGAGCCUACAGCAUAUCUCACUUUAUUACGAACUCUUUUUCGGUCAAUAGGGGGCGGAGCACAUGACAAACUUUAUCGUGAAUUUUUUCCCUUACUACCUGAAAUGUUAACGACGUUGAAUCGUUUACUGCGUUCACCACAUCGUUCGAAUGCUCGUGAUCUAUUGGGUGAACUGUGUGUUAUUGUCCCAGUUCGUUUGUCCACAUUACUCCCCUAUUUGUCUCUGUUAAUGGAACCGUUAGUUUAUGUGCUGAAUUGUAAUACUGUCAACCAGGUAAAUUUCGUUUUGUUAUUUUGCUUGCUUACCGUCCAUUUUAAACUGAAAUAAGAUUAAGAUACAAUUUAGAAAACAUUAUCACUCAGCAAAAUCAUAUCUAUUUUCCGUUUUUAAUCUCUUCUAAUAAUAUGUUUUUGCAAUUCAAUUUAAUUAGGAGGACAGAGAUGAGGUAGUUUUGUUAAGAGUGAUGACUGAUCUUAACCCAGUUAGUAAUUAAUCGUUCCAGGUAUGGUAGUUAAUUCGAAUGAUAAGUUGAUUUAUCUAAUUAGUUGGAUUAACAGUGAGCAGCACUUUGCUCAUAAAAUCCCGUUAUUAAUAAAUAAUGGCCAUCUAAUGUUUUAGCAGUUGUAUCAUAUUUGACUCUUACAAUAUGCCUGAAUGUUGUGUUAAAGAUAAGUUCGUAGUUGUUGCUGUUCUCCACUGGAAAAAUCUGUAGUUAAUGUUCAAAAAUAUAUAUAAGUUUUGUAACUCACUUAUCAAAUCUGUGUUUUAAAAAUUUAGACAACGAAACAGAUGUUUUCUUUCUUAACUUCAAUGACUUAUCAAAAAAUUGUUGGCAAAUUUCUUAUGUUUCACGGUCUAUGGAAGAAGCUCGUAUUCAUAUUUAGUCGCAUUAAUUAAUCUUAAUCUCUUCAAGCCUUUCACUUUCCAUCCAUGUUCAAGUUUUUGAUGCUGUGAAGCAUUUUGGUUUUAGGAUUACGGAGUCUUCUGUUUGGUUCAUUUAACCUUCAGUGACCCUAAUUUAAUAAUACUCAAUGAUACUAUGCUCUAUGUUGGGCGGUAGCUAAAUACUUACAUCUGACUUUCUUUUAGUGGGUGCAGAUUUUAAACCAGUUUGCAUCUACUUCUAUUUAAUGAAUCAUAUAGUAUCGUCAUGCCUCACAAAGAAUUUGACUGAAGCCCAAGAACAUUUAAUUGGUUACUUUGUAAUUUUAAUCUUAAAUGUUUGAAAUAAAAAGACAAAUUAUUGCUUUUCAAUCUUGAUUUAUAUCAAUUCAUUAUUAUUUUGUUAAUGUAAAGGGUCUCCGUACUCUUGAGCUUUGUGUUGAUAAUAUGCAACCAGAUUUUCUUCAUGAUCAUUUAUAUCAAGUACGUGGGGAUAUGUUAUUGGCGUUGUACAAUUCACUUCAUUCACCC